AUGGCGCCCCUCCCUGUUCUGCUUCCUCCUGCCGCGGUUCCAAGGCAACUCAACGUCCCCCAUGUCGAAUGGACACCCAAAAAGUACAUGUCCGAGCCGCAACCGCCCCCCCUCGAUGAAAUGAAAAUUACCGAACAAGAACUAAUAAAUUCGAGGCAAAUGAUUGACGGCAAACCCAUCAAGAAGACGAAACCGCGCCGGACUGUAGACUACAAUAGUGGGAUGGGUCGCUGGUCGCUGCUUCGAAAACAUCGACCCGCUUCUACGUACACACCGUAUAUGAGGCCUAGUCCUUCGUAUAUCAUAGAUUUAUUACCUCCCAAAGCGUACCCGGAGAACGCGUCCACCUCCUUGUGCACCAAAUUUGUGCACACUUCCACUAACAAAAUCAGAUACCCUGUGAACGUCGUCACGUGGACGCCCGAAGCGCGGCGCGUGCUGACCGGAUCGACGAGUGGAGAAUUCACGCUAUGGAACGGUUUGACCUUCAACUUUGAGACCAUCUUACAGGCGCAUGAUACCGGGAUAUGUGCUAUGCAGUUCACCCAUUCCGGUGCUUACCUCGCAUCCACGGACAAGAGCGGCGUCAUCAAAUACUUCGAGCCCAAUAUGAACAACCUGACCGCCUGGCAGGGGUCGCGCUCGAGGGAACCCAUACGAGGCUUGAGCUUCAGUCCAGACGAUCGACGGUUUGCCACGGCUAGCGAUGACUCUACCAUCAAGAUUUGGGCUUUCGAAGAGAGCAGAGAGGAAAGCACGCUCACGGGACACGGCUGGGACGUUAAGUGCGUCCAAUGGCAUCCAACCAAAGGACUCCUUGUUUCCGGUUCAAAGGACAACACCAUCAAAUUCUGGGAUCCCCGGACGGGAACAGUGCUAUCCUCGUUACAUCCCCAUAAGAACACUGUGCAAGCCGUUGCAUGGUCGCCAAACGGUGAUCAAGUCGCAAGUGCUUCAAGAGAUCAGACUGUCCGUGUAUUUGAUAUUCGUGCAAUGAAAGAAUACAGUGUCCUCAAGGGUCACAAGAAGGAGGUUUGCUCGGUCGCUUGGCAUCCAGUCCACCCAAUCCUCGUCUCAGGAGGAUCCGAGGGCUCGAUGGUCCAUUGGGACGUAUCCACCCCAGACUCCCCCAACCUCAACAAUCCAAAUUUACAAUCCCAGCCACGCGCCACGCUCUCUGAAGCACACGACUCCAAUGUUUGGUCGUUAGCCUACCACCCUCUAGGCCACCUCCUCGUCAGCGCAUCUAACGACCACACAACUCGUUUCUGGUCUCGCGAACGACCGGGGGAUACGUCAUCAGUAUUCUCUGCUGAUGGUCAGAAACCACCAGAGAUGAACGAUACGGCAGGCCAGGAUGACGAUGAGGAUACCAUGGUUCCUGGGUUCAGCUUUGGUCAAGGAUGGUGGGGUAAAGGUGAAGACGGUGCGAAUGAUGGUGAUGGUGGGCGCGGUGAUGGUGGAGAAGAGGGAUACACCAUCCCGGGCUUUGGUGGCGACAAUUCAAUAGUGAAGACCGAGCGCCCGAUGCCUCCCCAGGAGAGCCUGUAUGGGGGUGGCGGUGGGGGUGACGAAUCUAACUGGGGAAGAGGUGGCGGUGGGUCGAGGCAUGGCCGGUGGGGUGGUCGCCGUGGACGCUACUGA